AUGGCAAUUUCUAGAUGCUGCCUGGUUCUAUGUUUCCUCAUGGCACUAUCAUUGUCAAGCAUUGAUAUGAGUCCAGCUGCUGCAGCUCGCCGCCUUUUAGACACACCGGUGGCUCCACCACCAGCAUUGACACUGCCUACAAUCCCACCUCUGCCUAAGGCGACAUUGCCUCCACUGCCCUCAGUUCCACCUCUGCCUAAGGUCACACUGCCUCCACUGCCCUCCACUCCAUUGCCAACUCAACCAACUCUUCCCAAGCCCUCAUUGCCACCUUUGCCUAAUCCAACAUUACCUUCCGUGCCUACAAUCCCAAAGGUUGCACUACCUCCAUUGCCUGCCAAUCCAUUACCAACUAUUCCUACAACGAAUCCAACCAUUCCGACUACAAUUCCAACUGUUCCUUUCUUUUCCCCACCCCCGUCAAAGUGA